GCAGCCAAUCAGCACCUUCUUCCUCUAACGGUCAUCGUGCGCACUUGCCGACUGGUUGCUGAGUGCGGAGGGUUUCACCCAAUCAGAAGCAACCCCACGUGGGGUCAUCUUCUCAUUUCACUAGAGCGACCAAUGGCAGCCCUGCAAGAACCCUACGCCAAGGACCCCAGCGUCGGCCAAUCACUGACACCCUCCUCUCAGUGAGACUGUCGCGCGCCGCGAGACCGCGCUCUGAAGGAGCCAAUCAGCGUCGGCGCCGAGGUGUCCUCGCGCCGCUGCCUCCUCGCUCCCCCCCUCCCACCUCACUCCCCCGCCCGCGCGGCGCUGUUCCUGCUCCCCGCUCGCUCCCCCGCCCGCCGCCGCCAUGGACCCGAGCAACUGGAGCAGCUUCAUCUUCCAGCAGAGUCACACACAGAAUCCCCUCCAGGUUGGGGCCGAAAUCCAGUCCCGGUUUUUUGCCUCCCAGGGCUGCACCCAGAGCCCCUUCCAGGCUGCUGCUGCGGCGCCCCCGCCACCCGCUCCAGCCACCUCUGCUGAUUCCCUGCAGGUGGACCUGCUCCCGGUGCUGGCAGCCGCCCAGGAGACGGCAGCAGCCGCGGCGGUGGUGGCGGCUGCCACGGCCUCAGCUCCGGCUGCCUCCACAGUGGACACGGCAGCCCUGAAACAGCAGCAGCCGGGGCCCGAGGGGAACGGGGGGCAGGUAGCCUCAGCCCCGCAGGCCGCCUCCCAGCCCCCCCCGGCCCAGCCGCCCGCGCCGCCGCCCCCCAGCGAGGCCCAGAAGAAGUCGAAGAGCAAGGGGCCGUACAUCUGCUCGCUCUGCGCCAAGGAGUUCAAGAACGGCUACAACCUCCGGCGCCACGAGGCCAUCCACACGGGCGCCAAGGCUGCCCGCGCCAGCCCCGCUGCCAUGAAGAUGCCCACCAUGGUGCCCCUCAGCCUGCUGAGCGUCUCCGCCCUGGCGGCAGGUGGGGGCGGGGCGGCGCCAGGGGCGGAGGGGGGCGGGGCGGCAGGGCUGGUGACCACCACGGCCUCUGGCAAGCGGAUCCGGAAGAACCAUGCCUGCGAGAUGUGCGGCAAGGCCUUCCGCGACGUCUACCACCUCAACCGGCACAAGCUGUCGCACUCGGACGAGAAGCCCUACCAGUGCCCCGUGUGCCAGCAGCGCUUCAAACGCAAGGAUCGGAUGAGCUACCACGUGCGCUCACACGACGGCGCCGUGCACAAGCCCUACAUCUGCAGCCACUGCGGCAAGAGCUUCUCCCGGCCGGACCAUCUCAACAGCCACGUGCGCCAGGUGCAUUCAACAGAGAGACCCUUCAAAUGUGAGACAUGCGAGGCGGCCUUCGCCACGAAGGACCGGCUGCGGGCGCACACGGUGCGCCACGAGGAGAAGGUGCCGUGUCACGUGUGCGGCAAGAUGCUCAGCGCCGCCUACAUCACGGACCACAUGAAGGUGCACAGCCAGGGGCCCAACCACAUCUGUGAGCUGUGCAACAAAGGUACAGGCGAGCUCUGCCCCCUGGCAGCAGCAGCGGCCCCGCCCACGUCGGCCGUCACCGUCCUGCCCAUGGAGGGGGCCCCGGUGGUGAGCCAGCCGCUCCCCACACAGCCCUGGUGAUUCCUGGGGGGCAAGAGCCAACCUCCCCCCGUGUCAUCCCCCAACCCGGCAGCUGGAGACCCCCCCCCCGCGCCACCAGAACUGGCCCCCGCGGCUGGAGAGGAGAGUUGGGCCCUUUUCUCGUGCUUGGCAAAGGGGGGACGUGACACCGGACAGAUGGGGGCCCCUCCAAAAGAUGGGGACCCCCUCCCUCCCCCAACCAUCCUCUUCCCCCUGGACAGAGGGGGGCCUCCCGUCACCUCUAACCCCCAAGAGGCCCCCCCAAUAAAUCUUAUUCCAUCCUUGGGAGGGGAAUGGGGGGGGCUGUAACCCCCUGGCCCCACAGUUGCCCCCCACCGCCCAUCAGCCACAUUCACAAAGGGGUGGGGGGGCUCUGCGUGGGAAGGAGGGUGUCACUGACAUUGCUGGGGGCUGGUACCAGCCAUGGGCCAGUCCCCCUCCUGCAGGGGAGACCCCUGCUUCUCUCCUGUCCUGGGGUCCCCCCGGUUGCCCCCUCAGCCUUGACACCCUUCUGUCCAGGGGUCCCCUACCCCCCCUAUUUUCUAUGGAAUUUUUAUGAUUUGUUUUGUUUUCUCGUGUUCGUGUUCUCGGUCCAGCCGCGUCUCGCGUUGAUUCUGCCCCCGUCCCCCUGCAUGGCCCUGACUUUGGGGGACUCCCCCCCCCCUUUUGUAUUGUAUAAAACCACCAAGAAACGGACAAAUAAACCAUGUGCCGCUUUGA